AUGGCGCAGCAGAAGCUUCUCCUGUUGUUCUUGGUGUUAUUGCUGCUGCUGCUGCCGCAACCCCACAGAUGCCUGGCGGGUGCCUUCUUUCACUGCAGCAGACACGGAGACAGCAGCAGCAGCAGCAACAACAGCAGCAGCAACAAGAGCAGCAGCAGCAAAGGCUACCUAGACCGCCCAAGAGGGUGCGGGUUUCUCGCUGUUCACUGCGCUCUAAGGUUUCCUGUGGGCGUAAUACCACGAGGUGCAGCAGCAGCUAUUAAGAAUGUCCCAGCCAGAGCUGGAGCAGCUGGAGCAGCUGCUGCUGCUGCAGCAACAGCAGCAGCAACAGCUGCUGCUGCUGCUGCUACCGCGCCUGUAAGCCGAGGCCCUUUCUGCUGCGAAGCUAUUCAAUGCAUUCAACGGCAGCAGCAGCGACCCCAGCACAGCAGCAUCCUGUGGGCAUCUGUCGGCACCAGCGCCAACAGCAGCACAAGCAGCAGCAGCAGCAGCAGCAGCUCGGACAGCAGCAGCAGCUCCGACAGCAUCAGCAUCAGCCAAGAUAGCAGCAGCAACAGCAGCUACCACAACAGCAGCAGCAGCCACGACAGCAGCAGCAACAGCAGGAGCAGCAGUUACGACAACAGCAGUAACGACAGCAGCAGCAACAACAGCAGCAGCAGUUGCGGUAACAGCAGCAGCAGCAGUGACAGCAGCAAUGAUUGGGGGUCUCUACCACAAACUCCGCUGGAUGUUCGGAGGCCGGAGCGAUUUAAACCCCGCAAAAGACGGGGCAGGCAACGGCUGCCGCGCAGUAGGUGCAGCACUACCAGCAGCAGUAGCAGCAGCAGCAGCAACAGCAGCAACAACAGCAGCACCAACAGCAGCAGCGUUAGUCUCGCGGGUAUCCUUGCAACGCAGCACGUGACUUUCUCUGGCGCUGCGAAGGCCGCAGCAGCAGCAGCAGCAGCAGCAACAGCAGCAGCAGGAGGAUCAGGGGAGUGGGCAGCAGCAGCACCAUCAGCAGAAGGUGCAGUUCCUGACGCCUACGCACCAGCAGCGGUCUCUGCAGCAGCAGGAACAGCAUCAGCAGCAGCAGCAGCAGCAGCAGCCCGUGGAGGCCCUGAGGGCUUCUACAGCUCGCUGCCUCCGCUUCCGAUGCCUGAGAAGGGCUUCGGUUUGCUGCGGGUUACGGGCGGAAGUAUGGCUAGGAGGAGACUCCUCGCCCCUCGCAUAGACACUACAAGGCCUAUGAUGGCGCAGGUAAGGGAGGCGGUCUUCUCCAUGCUGCAGAACCUCGGCGUCUUUUCGUUCCCUCGUCUCCGGGUUUUAGAUCUCUUCUGUGGAAGCGGGGCCCUUGCAGUGGAGAGCCUCUCACGAGGAGCGCAUCAAGCUGUCCUUGUAGACCGUUCUCUUGAUUGCUGCGAGGCAGCUGCUAUCAACCUGCGACAUUUGGGGUAUACAGACAGCCGCGUGCUGCGGCUCUGUGUCUUUGAACUCCUCCUCGCACCGAAGCGGUUCCUUGGGUAUGACAGCAGCAGCAGCAACAACAACAGCAACAGCAACAGCAGCAGCAACAGCAGCAGUGCCAACAGCGAUAGUGAGUCUGCAUCGUUCGACCUGGUGUUCCUGUGUCCUCCAUACACCGAGGUGGUGUAUGGAGACCUUCUUAAGAUUGGCUUCCCAGAGGCCCCCAUAGAGCUGGAGGGACUCCGAAGCCGCAGGUAUGGCCGCACAUGCGUAGCAGUUUAUGCAGCUAGGCCCAGGAGACAGCAGCAGCAACAGCAGCAGACGGGGGCCCCCGGGGUCUCCUUAGAUGUCCCCCCCCUCUACUUGGCUGCUCCUCAUGAAUUUGAGGAACAUAGGCGCUCGCAGCGCAGACAAACGCAAAGACAGCAGGAACGGCAGCAGCAACAGCAGCAGUUGCUGCAGCAACCAGCCGGGCAGUAG